AUGCAGGCUGCUGAGAAUGCAUGUAUUGCCUCGGCCGAGGUGCAGGAGGCUAUUCGUUUGCUGGAACUCCCCGAGGAGGCUGUCGUGUGUAUUGAGCCUUGGACGUAUGGAACAGAGGGAAUGAACGAUAUGUCGGAGCGAAUUAUCAUGUGUUACUUCUAUAUGCGUCUUGGGAACCAUGGUGAUGCGAACCAUUACGUGUAUCCACUAGAUAUAUGCGUGGAGGUGUCGGGCGAUCUCACGGUUAAAUGGAUUCUGUCACUACCUUUGGGUGAGCACGACAGGACUGGGCUUGUCAGUGAGGUCGGUGUCAAGCCGUUUGAUCGGAACAAGAUCCACCAUAACAGCGAAUAUCAUCCCGAUCUUCGGGAGGACUUGACGCUCCACGAUAUUACCUAUGAUGGCCGGAGCGUUUUCUACAGACUAUCCCGAACUGAGAUGUUUGUCCCCUAUGGCGACAGCCGUGCCCCAUAUCCGCGCAAGGCUGCUUUCGACCUUGGAUCGAACUUGGCCGGUGUGAAUUCAAAUAACCUCAAGCUGGGCCAUAUCAAAUACUUUGAUGGAUACCAUCACACCUCUGCCGGUGACCCGAACGUUCUACCGAAUGUAGUUUGCUGCCACGAAAUUGAUGACAGUAUAUUGUGGAAGCACACCAACUAUCGGACGCAGAAUGCCGUCGUGACAAGGUUGCGCGUCCUUGUGUUGCAGACGAUCAUCACAGUCGGGAAAUACGAGUACAUUUUCUGUACAUAUCUGCAUCUCACUCCACUCAAGAUGCGUGGGUCAACUACGAGGUCCGCGCAACAGGCAGUCUAUCUACGGCACCCAUCAACUUGGGCCAGACAGCGCCAUAAGGAACCAUCGGUGGGAUACACAACUGUGAACCACAUCGUUCAGUCCGAAAUGCAGCUGGAUCUUGACGUCGCCAGAGGACGAGUAUUCAAGAUCAUCAGCGAAAACGUCAAGAACCCAAUGUCCCGGGGACCAGAAGGCUACAAGCUUGUUCCGCACUACUCGCAAAUGGUAUUGGCGCACCCGUCAUCCUACCACUCCAAGCGCUCUGAAUUUGCCGAGCACGCUGUCCGGGUGACCAGAUACAGCGAUGAGGAGCGGUACAGCGCAGGCGAGCACACGAUGCAGUCACUGGGGAGAGAGGGUAUUGCCUCCUGGAUCCGAUCGCGACCGGCGCCAGUCAGCGUGCGCAACGAGGAUACUGUUAUCUGUCACACGUUCGGGACGACGCAUAACCCUCGCGUGGAGGACUGGCCCGUCAUGCUGGCGGAGAAAAUGACGGUCUCGAAACCGGUGAAACUUUUUCUGGAGGAACCCUGCAUUGGACGUACCCGUCAGCUCGCAGGAGGAUAA